AUGUCAGUAUAUGAUAAAAUUAAAGAACGAGCUAAAGAAUACAAUUUUAAGGCAGAAGAAAUUGAAAUUCUUAAUCGUGCCAAGUCAAAAUUUUCUAUGCAUAGUACUACUUUGUUUGGUAGCCAGGCAGGAAUGGUGACUGGGUCGAUAGCGAGUAUUAAACUGAUAAGAUCAUCACCAAAUUCACAACGCAUUAUGGAAUUUAUAAGUGAAAUGCAACAGCAAGUUCAUCCUAAUCGUCCGUUACCUACUCCAAAUCAACCUCCAAAUCAACCUCCAAAUUCUGAUGAUUAUAGACUUGAAAAUGGCGAUCAAACUACUCUAUCUGAUGAAUUUGAAAAGGAGAACAAACCCCAAUAUUCGUUCCAUCAAAGAACAUAUGACGAUUCUGGAAAUUCCAUGACAGUAACAGAUGAGAUGGUUAGUGACAUUAAUGCAAAUGAAAGUGAUUAUAGUUACGAUCAACCGCAAAAGCCAUUUCAUAAAUCUUCAUGGCCACCACAAGACAAUAAUUCCUUGAAUAGAGAUCGAACACAGAACACGACUUCAACUACUUGGGAUAAAAUCCGUGCAAAUGCUAAAAUUGGUCAACAAAAACAAAGUAAUAAUAACCUAUAUGGAUCGCAACAAAAGCCCAUUGGUAAGGAUGAUGGAGAUAGGCCUAUGAUGGAUUUACCAAGAACCAGAGAAGAAUUUGAUGAAUUGCGUCGUGGUGGUAAAAUUAGAACCAACCAAUUUGGGGAUACAGAAAUUCGAUAUGACGAAUGA